AUGGCGGACUCUGGAGAAGUCGCACCCCCUCCCGCGACCAAGCGGCCUCAUUCUGAAGUCGAAGCUGAGGACAGCGACGAUGAGUCUGACGAUGACUUCGGUCCCGCACUCCCCUCUGAGGUUGCGCCGCAGAAGAAACGGCGCAAGCUUCCCUUCGAGAAGGUCUUCGUGAACGCGCUACCGGUUUCCGCGAAGUACUCCAAGUCGCUCAUGCACAAGGAUCAAUUGUCCUUUGUAACUGUCGCGCCCUUUACAGAUUUCGUGGUUACUAGCUCCAUGGAUGGAUUUGUCAAGUUCUGGAAGAAAAUGGCGGAGGGAAUCGAGUUCGUGAAGGAAUUCCGUGCUCACCCAGGCGAGAUUCGGAGUGCCACGGUCAGCGCCGAUGGUCGCAGCUUUGCGACAGCUGGAGCGGACAAGACAGUCAAGAUUUUCGAUGUCAUCACAUUUGAUCUCCUGUCCAUGUACACCCUGGAAUUCGUUCCUCGAUGUGUGUGCUGGGUACACCCGCGCGGAGCAUCACUCCCACUUCUCAGUGUGACCGACGAGUCCAGUAAUACGAUUCAGAUAUUCGAUGGGCGUGGCGAAAACCCUGAGCCCUUGCACACAUUGAAAUCGAUCCAUCGCAGCCCCGUGGUGUCACUAGCAUUCAACAGCGUAUUUGACUGCGUUGUAUCGGCAGAUGAAACAGGAAUGGUGGAAUACUGGCGAGCAGGAGACGGAUCCUUUGAGAAGCCCGAUAAUGUCUUCGAGCUGAAAUCCUCGACGAACCUUUUCGCAUUCAAGAAGGCCAAGUCGGUACCAACAGCGAUCACGAUCUCCCCAUCCGGAGAGCACUUUGCUACAGUUUCUUUCCCAGACCGGCAGGUCCGUGUCUUCGACUUCGCCUCAGGAAAGCUCUACCGCACAUAUGACGAGUCAAUAACCACCAUUACAGAGAUGCAGCAGGCUGGAACAGCGCCCUAUGCACUCGACGAGGUAGAAUUUGGACGACGUCUGGGCGUGGAGCGCGAAGUUGAAAGCGACGCAACCCGCAACAAAGUGAAUGUGUCGUUCGAUGAGUCUGGUCACUUCAUCCUCUAUGGCUCCCUCUAUGGUGUCAAGUGCAUCAACACCUACACUAAUCGCGUGGUCCGCGUUUACGGCCGUGACGACCCAUUCCGUGCUCUUAACCUCGCCCUCUACCAAGGCCAGCCGCAGCGCAAGGGCGUCGUUACAGUCUCCAUGGCCGCAAGUAGCAACCCCCUGCUCCAGGAAGCAGAGGAACGCGACCCGAUUCUUUUCACCACCGGUUUCGCCAAGGUUCGUUUCUACAUGUUCACCAAUGAGACGGAGGUUUCCAAGUCUACUCGCGACAUCCAGAAUGAAAAGCCCACCGAGUCUACUUCUGACAAGGGAGCCGCUCCCACCAAGGCCGCCGAGACAGGCACUGCUGCGGUUCUUCAUACCACGUACGGUGAUAUCCACUUGCGUCUGUAUCCGUCCGCUGCACCGCGGGCUGUGGAGAACUUCGUCACACACUCUCGCCAAGGCUACUACAACAACACGAUCUUCCACCGUGUGAUCCGCAAAUUCAUGAUCCAGGGUGGUGAUCCGCAAGGUGAUGGUACUGGUGGCGAGUCCAUCUGGGGCGGGGAGUUUGCCGACGAGUUCUCCGUGCUGAAGCACGAUCGACCGUAUACACUGUCGAUGGCAAACGCCGGACCCAACACCAAUGGCAGUCAGUUCUUCAUCACCACGGAGAAAACGCCGUGGCUCGACAACAAGCAUACCGUGUUUGGGCGUGCGGUGCAGGGAUUGGACAUCGUGCACAAGAUCGAGAAUUGCCGCACCCACAAGGAGAAGCCUGAGGUCGACAUUAAGAUCGUGAGCAUCAGCAUCUCCUGA